AUGGAAGCCGCGCUAAGCAAGCGGUAUUCGGGCCUGAGAUUAUCGGACUUGGCAGGAAAUCAACAGCAGCCUCACCAGAACAUGUCAGGCUUCCCGGGACUGGGCAGCCAGACACACACACACCCUGGGGAGAUCAGCAGCGACCCCAGCGCGCCUCUUACUCCUUUCGGGCCCGAGCACAUGGCUCAGGCCAGUGCUCUGAAACCCAGUCCAUCUCAGCACAUGGCCGCACACCCCGAAGUGCAGACAGCGGCGAUUUUCGGCUCGGCACAGAACUCAGCCAGCUACCCAGCGGGUCACCCCCACUCAGCCUACGCGAGCGGCAGGGACUACAUUCUCAGGAGAGACCUUUCAGCAUCUGCCAUGCACGGACUGGGCGAACAGCACUCGCCAUCUCCCUCUCACCAUCGCCACCACCACCACCACGGCAUGUUUCUCUCCACAGCGGGUAGCUACGGGCACUCGGAAGUGUUCUCGGGUCUCCACGAGCAGUCGGCAGCAGGAACCCACCCAACGUUAAAUGGGCAGGUGCGCCUGGGGUUGCCGGGGGAAAUCUAUAGGCCGGAGCAUUACCCGGGCUCUUCCCUGCACAGUUAUACCUCCAUGAACUUAAACGUUAACCUGGCAGCGGCUCAUCAUGGAGCCGGGGCAUUCUUCAGGUACAUGAGACAGCCCAUCAAGCAAGAGCUAAUCUGCAAGUGGAUUGACCAAGACGACACUUCAAAGAAACCUUGUUCGAAAACUUUCAGCACGAUGCACGAAUUGGUAAAUCAUGUCACGGUGGAGCACGUCGGCGGGCCCGAGCAGAACGUUCACAUUUGUUACUGGGAGGAAUGCCCCAGAGAAGGCAAACCGUUCAAGGCGAAAUACAAAUUGGUCAACCAUAUCCGAGUUCACACGGGAGAAAAACCUUUUCCUUGCCCGUUCCCCGGUUGCGGAAAAGUAUUCGCUCGCUCGGAAAACUUGAAGAUUCAUAAAAGGACGCACACAGGAGAGAAGCCUUUUAAAUGCGAGUUUGAUGGUUGUGACCGGAAAUUUGCCAACAGCAGUGACAGGAAGAAGCACUCUCACGUCCACACCAGCGAUAAACCAUACAACUGUAAAGUAAGAGGUUGCGACAAGUCAUACACUCACCCUAGUUCUCUUCGCAAGCACAUGAAAGUCCACUGCAAGUCUCCUCCCCCUCCCCCUGGCUCCGGCUACGAGCUUUCAAACACAUCCCUGGGGAUGGUGUCCCCAGCUUCAGAGACAGUCAGAGGCCGCACAGCCAGCGUGUCUUCGCAAGUCACUAACCUCAACGAAUGGUACGUUUGCCAAGGGAGCGGGGCUACCAACAACCUGCACACACCUUCCAACAAUGGCACCUCAUCCGACACCGAGGAUGAGGAAGUUUACACGAACUCUGAUCCCAGGACUAUGCUCUGA